AGAUACUACUGUGACUAUUGUGAUACCUAUCUCACACAUGACUCGCCUUCAGUAAGGAAGACACAUUGUAAUGGAAGAAAACAUAAAGAAAAUGUGCGAUUAUUUUAUCAGAAAUGGCUUGAAGAACAAGUACAAAAAAUUGUAGAUGACACAACUGCUGCAUUCAAGGCAGGUAAAAUACAACACAAUAAUCCAUUUACACCAGGACAACCAGGACCAGGUGGUGUUAUGAUACCACCUCCUUCAGGAUUAGGUAUGGAUUUUUAG